AUGUAUUUUCUGACAGGACUUCCUGACCCAUUUGCUAAAGUGGUGGUGGAUGGAUCUGGCCAGUGCCAUUCUACUGAUACUGUGAAGAAUACCCUUGAUCCAAAGUGGAAUCAGCAUUAUGACUUAUACAUUGGAAAGUCUGACUCUAUAACAAUCAGUGUAUGGAACCACAAGAAAAUCCAUAAAAAACAGGGAGCUGGUUUUCUGGGUUGUGUGAGACUUCUUUCUAACGCUAUCAACCGCCUCAAAGAUACUGGUUAUCAGAGAUUAGACCUGUGCAAACUUGGGCCGAGUGACAAUGACACAGUUAGAGGACAGAUAGUAGUAAGUCUUCAGUCCAGAGAUCGGAUAGGCACAGGAGGGCAAGUUGUUGAUUGCAGUAGACUAUUUGACAAUGAUUUACCUGAUGGUUGGGAAGAAAGGAGGACAGCUUCUGGAAGAAUUCAGUAUUUGAAUCAUAUCACGCGAACAACACAGUGGGAGAGACCAACACGGCCAGCAUCGGAAUAUUCCAGUCCUGGCAGACCUCUGAGUUGCUUUGUGGAUGAGAACACACCGGUUACAGGAAUAAAUGGUGCAACGUGUGGACAGUCAUUUGACCCCAGGCUAGCCGAAAGGAGAGUUAGAUCUCAGAGGCAUAGGAAUUACAUGAGCAGGACUCAUCUGCAUACUCCUCCAGAUCUACCUGAGGGAUAUGAGCAAAGGACAACUCAGCAAGGGCAGGUGUAUUUCCUACAUACUCAAACUGGUGUAAGCACAUGGCACGAUCCCCGUGUACCUCGGGAUCUUAGCAACAUCAAUUGUGAAGAGCUUGGGCCUUUGCCUCCUGGAUGGGAAAUCCGAAAUACAGCCACAGGCAGAGUUUAUUUUGUUGACCAUAACAACAGGACGACACAGUUUACAGAUCCACGACUAUCGGCUAAUUUGCACCUGGUUCUAAACCGUCAAAAUCAACUUAAAGACCAGCCACAACAGCAGCAACAAGUUGUUUCACUCUGCCAGCUUUCAGACGAGGCUGAGUGUCUCACUGUGCCAAGGUAUAAACGAGAUCUAGUACAAAAACUCAAGAUUUUGAGGCAAGAGCUCUCCCAGCAACAGCCCCAAGCUGGACAUUGUCGUAUAGAGGUCUCCAGGGAAGAAAUUUUUGAGGAGUCUUAUAGACAAGUCAUGAAGAUGAGACCAAAAGACCUAUGGAAGAGAUUAAUGAUAAAAUUUCGUGGGGAAGAAGGCCUUGAUUAUGGCGGUGUUGCCAGGGAAUGGCUGUAUUUGCUAUCCCAUGAAAUGCUGAAUCCGUAUUAUGGCCUCUUCCAGUAUUCCCGUGAUGACAUCUAUACUUUACAGAUAAAUCCAGAUUCUGCUGUUAAUCCGGAACAUUUAUCCUACUUCCACUUUGUUGGUCGAAUCAUGGGGAUGGCUGUGUUUCACGGACAUUAUAUUGAUGGGGGCUUUACGUUGCCUUUUUAUAAACAGCUGCUAGGAAAGUCAAUUACAUUGGAUGACAUGGAACUAGUUGACCCAGAUCUUCACAACAGCUUAGUAUGGAUACUUGAGAAUGAUAUUACAGGAGUCUUAGACCACACAUUUUGUGUGGAGCACAAUGCAUAUGGUGAAAUCAUACAGCAUGAACUUAAGCCCAAUGGCAAAAGCAUUCCUGUCACAGAAGAGAAUAAAAAAGAAUAUGUCAGGUUAUAUGUAAACUGGCGGUUUUUAAGAGGAAUUGAAGCUCAGUUCCUGGCUCUGCAGAAGGGUUUUAAUGAAGUAAUUCCACAGCAUCUGCUGAAAACAUUUGAUGAGAAGGAACUAGAGCUCAUCAUUUGUGGCCUUGGGAAAAUAGACGUGAACGACUGGAAGGCCAACACAAGGUUAAAACAUUGCACCCCCGAUAGCAACAUUGUCAAGUGGUUCUGGAAAGCUGUGGAGCUCUUUGAUGAAGAGAGGAGGGCUCGAUUGCUACAGUUUGUGACCGGAUCAUCCAGAGUGCCUCUUCAGGGUUUCAAAGCAUUACAAGGUGCUGCUGGCCCAAGACUGUUUACCAUUCACCAGAUUGAUGCCAGCACAAAUAAUCUGCCAAAAGCUCAUACCUGCUUCAAUCGGAUAGACAUUCCUCCUUACGAAAGCUAUGAGAAGCUCUAUGAAAAGCUGCUAACCGCCAUUGAAGAAACAUGUGGGUUUGCCGUGGAAUGAUUGUUUGCAGACCUGCGUGGAACUAUAUUUAUACUCCAAGCAGAAAAUCCUUUCCUCAGCCAUGAUACCAUAAAUGCUUGAAAUAUAGGAAAAAAAACCCCUCCCCUUUUCUACUAGAGGACGAUAUGAGGGAAAGGACCAUUUUUGGAAUUCUUCAUUCAAGAAAAAUGUUCUGUGGCUGCUGCCAAGAAAUAAUUCAGCUGCUAUUAAAAACUAGUAUCUUGAACCU